UGUGGCUCGAGGGGGCGGGCGGGGUCUGCAGCGGCGGGGCGGGGUUUGGCGGCGGUUGUUUUCACCCUGGCGGCGGUGCCUGGCGCGCUUGGCUGGGGCAGAUCGGCGUGGAGGCGUGAGCUGGUCCAGAAAGGGGUGAUCGCGGCUGGAGGGAGCCAGGAGGGCCGGAGGGACGCGGGGAGCGGGCGAGCAAGCCCGUGGUCGUCAGCCGCCAGGAUGUCAGCGCAGUGCUGUGCAGGCCAGUUGGCCUGCUGCUGUGGGUCCGCUGGCUGCUCCCUCUGCUGUGACUGCUGCCCCAAGAUCCGACAGUCCCGGAGCACCCGCUUCAUGUAUGCGUUGUACUUCAUUCUGGUCGUCCUUCUCUGCUGCAUCAUGAUGUCAAAAACCGUAGCUAAUGAAAUGAAGGAGCAUAUUCCUUUUUACGAAGAUAUUUGUAAAGGCAUUAAAGCUGGUGACACCUGUGAGAAACUAGUGGGGUAUUCUGCCGUGUAUAGAGUCUGUUUUGGAAUGGCCUGUUUCUUCUUCAUCUUCUGCCUUCUGACCUUGAAAAUCAACAGCAGCAAAGGUUGUAGAGCGCAUAUUCACAACGGCUUUUGGUUCUUUAAACUUCUGCUGUUGGGGGCCAUGUGCUCAGGAGCUUUCUUCAUUCCAGAUCAGGAGACCUUUCUGAAUGCCUGGCGCUAUGUGGGAGCCGUCGGGGGCUUCAUCUUUAUAGGCAUCCAGCUCAUCCUGCUCGUGGAGUUUGCACAUAAAUGGAACAAGAACUGGACUGCCGGCACAGCUACCAACAAGCUGUGGUAUGCUGCUCUGGCCCUGGUGACACUCGUCAUGUACUCCAUCGCCACCGGAGGCUUGAUUUUGAUGGCAGUGUUUUACACCCAGAAGGACGGCUGCCUGGAAAACAAAAUUCUCCUGGGGCUGAACGGAGGCCUGUGUCUGCUUAUUUCAGUGGUAGCCAUCUCGCCUUGUGUCCAAAAUCGACAGCCACAUUCCGGGCUACUGCAGUCGGGGCUCAUAAGCUGCUAUGUGACCUAUCUCACUUUCUCAGCUCUCUCCAGCAAACCUGUAGAAAUAGUUCUAGAUGAGCAUGGGAAGAACGUUACGAUCUGUGUGCCAGAGUUCGGCCAAGACCUGUACAGAGACGAAAACUUGGUUACUGGACUAGGUACCACUCUCUUGUUCGUGUGCAUCUUAUAUUCAUGCUUGACGUCCACGACAAGGUCAAGUUCUGACGCUCUUCAAGGCCGAUAUGCAGCCCCUGAACUGGAAGUGGCUCGCUGUUGUUUUUGCUUCGGCCCCGAUGGAGAGGACACUGAAGAGCAGCAGAACGUGAAGGAGGGACCACGGGUCAUUUAUGAUGAGAAGAGAGGCACCGUCUAUAGCUAUUCCUAUUUCCACUUUGUGUUCUUUUUGGCUUCCCUCUAUGUGAUGAUGACGGUCACCAGCUGGUUCAACUAUGAAAGUGCCAACAUCGAAACCUUCUUCAGCGGAAGCUGGUCCAUCUUCUGGGUCAAGAUGGCCUCCUGCUGGAUGUGUGUCCUAUUAUACCUGGGGACCCUGGUUGCUCCCCUCUGUUGCCCCUCUCGGCAGUUCUCCGUGUGAGGGGCAUCUGACCAGGCCCGCAGGCUGGAAGUGACAUCCUUUGAACAAGGGUCUGAGUAGUGACUGGUGCUUUGUGAAAAGCUAGCAUCUUCAGGCUGGUUGAAGUGGGUCUGAAAAGGCCUUCAGAAAAAAAAAAAUCACCUGAUUAGCUUUUUAAUUCUGAAAAUCAAAAAGAAAUUACCAGUUUAUCCCAAAAGAACUGAAAUUUUCAGCCAGGCUGAUCCCGAGUGAUCAUGUAUUUUGUGUGUGUCAUAACCCUAAAAACUGGAAUAGGCUAGUAUUUUGCUUCUGUAUGUUUUUACCAAAAUAGGGUUUGGGGCACAACAUCUUCUCAAAGGGAUACAACUUCCUUUGUGUGGCCUGUCAUUCUUAUCCUUGGAAUAGAAAAACAUGCCAAAAUCUUGAGCCCUCAGCCCCUGAUAGAAUGCAGACCCCUCUCACACACCUCAGCUCGGAGUCUCGUCCCCAGCGGGCUCUGCAGACAGAACUCAGCCUGCAGGCCCCUUGCUCAUAGCUACUUGGUACUUAUAGGGUCCAAGAGGAAGCACCUGCUUGCAACUCCACCCUUGUGCUGUUUCCUCCUGGCCCCCCAGCGUUUCCCUUUGAAACUGUGAUGCUGGGAAUCACAGCUUCACUCUCUGCCCUUGCCCUUCCCAGAGGUCCCCUCUUCUUUCUGGGCUGAGUAUCUUUGCUUAAUAAUGUGAAAAAGCACAAUUUUGCCAUCACUACCGUGUGGUCCCCACUGUAUUCUUACUACCUGAUCUGAGUUACUGCAAUAAUUGUGACUCCCAUUUGUGGUGUUUUUCACAUGAUUAUAGAACAGUGUUCGGGUUGUUUUCUUCGCUUGAACAAUGGAGGGCUAUAGUUCUUAUAGUUCUCACAUGUUUGUACUUAUUAAUAGUAAUAAUAUUCUAGGACCUUACCUAAAAAGUUGCUUCUUGACUGAAGCCUGCUGUACCCCUCUUUCAUUUAUGAAAGUCAACCAGUUUCUCUUCCACCUGAGGCCUUUGAAAUUCUAACAGCAAAAGGGCUUUUGUUUCCAGGAUCUGUGAUGUGACCAUGGCAUUAAUAUCCACUGUGGUUUUUUAGAGUAGAUUUGCUGAGGUAAGGAUCCCAGGCAGCCCCUCCAACUGGGCUGACCAGAUAAAAGCCUAUUAUACAAGUUGUAGAAAUGGCCAAAUAUACCUAGAAGAAAUGGUGAGGGGUGGGGCGUGGGGAGGGGUAUUUAAUUAAGCCAUAAACAACGUCCAUGGAGAGUUCCAAAAAUACAUACUUGGAACACUCCUAGGAGAUGUGACUUUACGCAGCUGCCCAAGAAGAUUUCCAUGUUCAGUGUUGCUCUCCUCAGUCACGGAAGAGUUUUCUCAGUGGAAAGGCCGUUAGAGACCCCAGUGGAGACACGGUGGGGGUGCUUCUGUUAGUGUCUCACACAGGGUGGAAAGAGUCCUCUUGAGCUCCCUGGCCAUAGAGGGUCUGAAAAUGGAGAGACUCGGCCUGUAUUUUGUGUGCCCUACUGUACGAGUUGGGCAGAAUUGGGUCCCAGUGUGCCAAAGUGCUGGUGUGGGGAAUUAGUCAAAUUCUUCAUUUCUACUCCUUUGCCCUCCUCCCAGGAAAAUCAGAGGGGAAACAAAUUCAGUGGAUGAAUUCCUGUAGACUCUUGCCUUGUUUAUAAUGUUUAAGGUUCCAUUUAUAAAGGCACUCAUGUGUGUGUGAGGGCCUUGUUUUGUAAACUUCAUCCAUUUGAUUUUUUUAGGCCAGAGGCUCUUGGAGCUUGGCAGUUGACAGGUCCUCUGGAGUCACAAAAUGGAUAGCCGCUGUGUGCAGCCCCUAUUAAGCCGGUGGGACUGGGACUUCUGUGGGUCGGGGACAGAUCGAGGGAGCGGGCUGUGGGUAUGUGUGACAGCCCCCUGGGAGAAGCUGCCACAGUGCCGUAGUGCCACAGGGCUCUGGGUAAGCUGAGGUUGGCUUUGCGAACUCAAGAGCUGGGAUGCCAGUUUCAAUGUGGGUUUCUUCCUGGUAGGGUCUAGCUGGCUUGAGCAGCCAGCUGUGUGACUUUAGAACUGGUCCUCGGCAGCUCACAGUCCCUCUGACAAGGCUGCUGUUACUUGGCUGUCCUUCGUUGGCCGACUUCCCCUGCAGAAAGAAGCUCAGGGAAACACAAAGGAAAAGGACAUCCACUGCCAGUGGCCGAGCCCUCAGAGCUUCCUUCUUUAGCUGGCCCAGCCAAUCCCAUGGUUGCCAGCUGCUUAAAACUUGGUUUGUGGCCCAAAGUUCUUGAAGUUUAGUCUGACGCGAGAGGAACGGUUGCAGCCACUGAUUUUUAUGCUCAGCUGGGUAUUUAAGCAAGUUUAUCUGAAUGGUGCACGCGAUGUGGAUAUAUUCUAAGGAUUGAGGGCAUACAAAUAAGUUGACUUUAAUGAUUAUUAAUUGUAAUAAACAUUACUCAGGUGAUGAGUCAACGUUUGUGGGUUUAAAGAACCUACAUUUUUAUGCUACCGUGAUUUAAGAAACUGGAAAAAUUGUGCCAAUUGCUUUGAGUUGCUGUCAUGGUGUCCAUUUGAGAAAUUCACUGAUCUUUUAUUAAUAUAAUUUUGCUUCCUACAACUUUUUGUACAUGAUUUAAAAAAGUACAUUCCCUGUAGCUGCUGGUCAGACUCCUUUAGUGAUGAAAGUGGAAGAAGUUUUUUUUAAAAAACUAUGUGUAUGUUUCCCCUGUGCUAUUCCUUCCAUGUGGAGAUUUUUUCCCUUCUCGUUUUCAUGAGUAAAAACACUAAGUGGGGGAAGGGAGUCUUCUGGGAAUGUUGCUGUGUACCUAGAUGUGUCACCUCACUGAAGGCCAGAGAUGUUUCUGUCCCAGGCUUUUGGCAACCCGACUUCAUCCAGACUGGGUUGAGUUUUUUAAUACUGGUUAGUUGGUUUUGCUUUUGUCCUCUUGGUUUCUUGGAAAUGGCUUGAAAGAAUUGUUCAUCAGAGAUACUUGGGGCUCUUUUGUGAAUAGAUGGACUGUGUGCAUGUGAGCUGUUGGAGGGUGGGGUUACUGGAGAUUUGGGGAACCGCCUCCCAUUGCACCCCCACACCUCAUUGUUUAUUUCCAGUUCCUCAGAGGAGCCUUUGUUCUGGAUGACCUUCAUGCAAUGCUAAUCCCACUUCCACCCCCAUAUUGUCCCCCUC